AUGGCCGGGGCAUCUCUCUCCGAGCUAUGCACGAUCUGCCACACCCACCUUCCCAAGUACACCUGUCCACGCUGCUCAACCCGCACCUGCUCACUACCUUGCUCCAAGCGCCACAAACUCUGGUCGCAGUGCUCCGGCGUCCGCGAUCCAGCGGCCUAUCUCAAGCGGAAAGAACUCGCAACGCCCGCCGCUUUCGACAAGGAUUUCAACUUCAUCACCGAGAUCGAGCACUGCCUGGAACGCGCGGAUCGAGAUGCAGAGAAUCGAGGGAUCAUGCUGGAAGAUGAAGAGAGGAGCAAGAAGAAGAGACGGACGGGGGAGUUUACAAAGGGAGAGGCAUUGCUGAGGCGCAUCGAAGAGAGUGGGGUGGAUGUGAUAAGAGCGCCGAAGGGGAUGACGAGAAGUAGGCAGAAUAUGUCGCAGUGGCAUAAGAAGCAUAAGUGCGUGAAUUGGACAGUAGAGUGGAUCUUCCCGGACGGGCAAAAGACGAUUACUAGGUGUCUUGAGACGAUCACGAUUGGGACUGCUUUUUCGAGGACCCCUUACGCGAAGGAGCAUGACCUCGUUGAAAAAGAGCAGACAAGCAAAGCCGAGCCCAUGCGAUCAAUUCCGAGUUCAGAUUCAAAAGAAGAACCCGAGCCACGACCCGAGCUUGACGCUGGGAAAGAGAUCACUGGAGAAGCUUCUCGCGAUGGGGGAGAGCGUUCUCGUACCCUCACACCCGAGGAAUCUCUACCUCUUACCGGACAAUCAAACCCGGAACAACUGUCCACGAAGACUGAGGAUCAAAAUACCAGUACGAAUGAGAAGGGUACACCGAAAAUCAGCCCCGAAAUUCACCUUUACCUCCACCGGCCCCGAACGCGCGCCAAUAUACCAGUUCUCGUCCCCCUCCCUGCAUCAGUGACUUUAUCCGAAGCUCUCAGAGGCAGGAAGGUCCUUGAAUUUCCAACACUAUACGCCUUAUCUCUCCCUCCUGAUCAGCUCGCUGGUGGAGAAUAUAUGCUUGAAGCAGACUAUCUGGCGCAAUACGGAGCGGAGGAGAAAAUGGCAGAAGAGCAAGGGAACAGUGAUGGUCAAGGGGUCGGCCAAUAUAUGGCGGAUGAAGCCCAGAAGCUGGAAAAUGUCGACGAGUCCAAGGUCUUGGAAGUUUUGAAUAAAGAUCUAGGUGGCGAAGAGUGA